CAAGGCGUACCCAUCUGCCUCUACAGUCCUUUGCUUAUCUGCCAUCUCUCUUUUCUGUUUUUCUGAGUUCUCUCUCUCUCUACCUCUGGAAACUCUCCAAAGCUCUCAUUUCUGCAAACACAUUUUCCCCUCGCGGGACUCGAGGCGUUAAAAGAAACCAAUCCCCACAAGUGGCCCGGAAUAAAGUAUAAAACUUUGGGUGAGACGCUGGGAGGGAGGGUUCAGUUUAGGUUUUAAGGCUUUGGGAUCAAAGCGGGUAUGAAGAUCAAGAGAAAAGGUAAAGUCUACCCAUCUUCCUCGUCGUCUUCUUCUUCAUAUAAAGAUGCCAUUUCUGUAUUCAAGCUUCUUCCGGCUACUAUUCUAGCUCUGGCUUCAGCUCUCUCAGUCGACGAUCGUGAAGUCUUGGCUUAUAUGAUAACCAGGUCCAUCACCACCGCUAAUCCAUCUUCCAUUAUCGAGCGGCAUAAGAAGAAGUGCAAGACACCCCACAAUGUUCAGAAGCUUCCUCUUUUCGAAUGUGGGUGCUUCGACUGCUACACCAGCUUCUGGUUCAGGUGGGACUCCUCGCCGGACCGUGAGCUCAUUCACCACGCCAUUGAAGCGUUCGAGGACCAGCUGACCACCACCGAGUUCUUCAAAAAGAAUGGCAGAGGAAGAAAGCGAGAUAAGCUCGUGGAUCGCCGCGACGCCGAAAGAUCGGCCGACUUAACGGAGGAGAACCGAACCGAACCGAACCGCCUAAACGACGUCGUUCUGGGGCCUGAUGCUGAAGACCCCGGCGAAAAUGACCUGGACUGCGACGGCGCUGAGUUGAAUGGAGGGUUGGAGAUGGAGGUGGUGUCCGCAUCAGCUCCGGCGAGCCACCACAAGGGUUUGGCCAGAAAAGUCCUGCCGGACGUGGUGGGUUUAUUAAACUCGCGUUUGUGGAGCCUUUGGAGUCCGAAUAUUUAGAAGAAAAAAAAAAAAGAAGAAAAAGAAAAAUGAAGAAAAACAGUUGUAUUAGUAGCAGCACAUUCCAUAAUCCCUCUGGAAUAUGAAUAUUAAUAUAAGAAUA